UAUAUAUAUUGAUCUUCUGAUUAGAUUCGGCCCUGAAUCAACACAAGAGAUUUUUCUUCUCAGACACUUCACAUAUCCUAACCAUGCCUUCCUACACUCUCCACUACUUCAACCACCGUGGCCGUGCUGAGAUCUGCCGUAUGCUGUUCGCAGCUGCUGGUGUCCAGUACAAUGACCGCAGGAUCGAAUCUUCCGAAUGGAGUGGCAUGCGCAGCCGAAUGCCAUGCUCUAUGCUGCCAAUGCUGGAGAUUGACAACAAGACCCAGAUUCCACAGAGUAUGGCGAUUGCCAGAUACUUAGCAAGAGAAUUCGGUUUCCAUGGCAAGAAUAAUAUGGAUAUGGCCAAAGUUGACUACGUCUCAGACUGCUUCUAUGAUAUCAUGGAUGAUUACAUGAGAAUGUAUCACGACAGAGAUGGAAGAAUAAUGUUUGAUAAAAUGUCUGACAUGCGCCAGAGAUAUUGUGACAUGGAUAGUAAACUGUUUAUUAGACAUCGAUUCUUGGGUUAUAUAGGUUUUGUGAGAAGGUGUCGAGUCAACGACAUGCGUUCCGAUAUGCGCGGCGACAUGCGUUCCGAUAUGCGUUCCGAUAUGCAUUCCGAUAUGCGCGGUGAUAUGCGUUCCGAUAUGCGCGGUGAUAUGCGUUCCGAUAUGCGCGGUGAUAUGCGUACCGAUAUGUGCGGUGAUAUGCGUUCCGAUAUGCGCGGUGAUAUGCGUUCUGACAUGCGCGGUGACAUGCGCGGUGAUACGUACGGUGACAGUAUGAGCGAUAGCAGAAUGAUGGAGAUGCGCAUGAGAUUCCAGGAGACGUGUCGCAGAGUUCUUCCAUUUUUAGAGAGAUGCUUGGAGAUGCAACACGGUGGAAACCAAUUCUUCCUGGGUGACCAUAUGACUAUGAGUGAUAUGAUGUGCUACACAGCUUUGGAGAAUCCCCUGCAAGAGAACCCAUCAUUCUUGAACAACUACCCGAAAUUGAGGGCUCUGAGAGAACGAGUGUGCGCUCACUGCAAAAUCAGUCCAUACAUUAAGAGACGUCACCACUCCUCUUUCUAAAUCGUUAACCACAAACAUAUCGACUUCUCCCUAUGAAACCCUUAGAAAUUACUCUGCAAAACGAAGAACAUGGAAAUUCAAAUUUGGAAGCCUAAAAAACCGGGACCGUUCCCUUUGAAUUGAAUUGAAUUGAAUUGAAGUGAUGUGUCACGUGAAUUAUGUGAGAAUUGAUGAGAAAACUCAAGCUGAUGCAUGAAAUCUUACUGACGUUUUCUUUUCCAAUGAAUCGCAAUAAUUUUUAGAAGGACGCUGCACAUUCCUACACUGAAGCAUCUGUAUACAAAACCUAUCUGUACAGUGGCAUCUCUGUAAAUGUUGUAAGUUAAUUAUAAUAAUAAUGAUAAUAAUAAUUACUAUAUGCAUAUACCAUAAAUAAUUAUUAUUAUUUUAUAAUGUUAAGAAGAAUAGUGUCAUUAAUAAAAAAAAGUUAUUUCCUAUCAUAA